GUUAAAGAAUUGCAAGAGGAUUUAUAUUUUGAGAAUACUCACAAUAAAGGAAUUAUCAGAGAGGGAUUAUCUAUUGUAGCUGACGGAUGGCAAGGAUCAAAUGAGAUAGUACAAGCUUUAAAUACCGUUCAUAGACUAAAAAUUCAAAAAGAGAAUGAAUCUGAUUUUCUAAGUGAAGAAGAAAAUGAUAAAAACGAUGAAAAUGAUGAUAAAUCAGAGUCAAAAAUUCAAAAACUUAUUCAAAAAGAAUGGUUAGGUUCUACCAUUCUUGUUAGUACUAAUAUCUUUUUAGAAUUAAUUUUAAAUCAACUAUGUGUCACUUGUCAUGAUAUAAAUCCUUCAAACUACAAAACUAAAAUCAGAACUAUUGGAUUAAAAAUUUGCGUUACUAAGAAAUGUAUGCUAUGUUCUGAUGAGUCAGAAUAUUAUAAUGAAAGGUCAGGAGAUGAUUUCUCUAAAUUCCUAGCAGGUGCUGAUUUAGUUGGAGGCGUUAAUACAGAAGAAUUGCGAUCUAUUGCUGAAGAUGCUUUAGUGGCAGCAUGUGAAAAACUUCAAAGUGAUGGUCAAGACAUAUUAGAAAACUAUGUACGUGAAGCUUCACAGACUAGUGGAGAAAUUAUCUUUAAUGGAGAAUUAGAAGGUUUAGGUUAUAGGCAUAAUCUAGUUCUAGCUUAUUAUGUAGUUGAAAAAAAUGCAAAUAUGAAACUAAAGAUGGAAAACAUGUUACUAUUCAAGAGGAUUUCAACAAUACUAGAAAAAUAUAAUAUCAAAUUAAAUGUUGGUGUUGAUGGAAACCUUUCUACAAAUAAAACUUUGGCUUUGUUAAAUGUAGUUAACCAAAUAUUUGCAGACUUAAAAUAUAAAAUUGUAAAUAAUCCUGAUUUGAGCUUACCAACUCCUAAUUUAGUUAGUACAGAUGAUAAUCAAUGUAUGCGACUAUUAGAAUUUCUUAAAAAAACAACAAAAUUUAAAGAGAAUCAAAGCUUAAUAAUGACAAUACGUACCAGUUAUAAUGAAGUAUUUAAUCAUUUGAAAUUAAAUUAUACAGAAAAAAAAAUUGAUUAUCCUAAGUCUUUUCGAGCUUGUCAUGUACUUUUAAUUAUUCAUAAUAAUAAUGGUUUUAUAGAGCUUCAACGUAAAGUUCGUAUAGCAGGUAAUUUAGCAAGUUUUUCUGAUCAGGAUGAAAAAAACCUAUUUAAAAUUUGGAAACAAAAAGAGCAAAAAAGAAAAAAUAAUCUAAUGGCAAUUAAAACGCAUAAUAAAAAAUGGGAUUUGUUUCCAUAUGGUUUGCGAAUUCAAGAAGAGCUUAUUGAAAAUAAAUUUGAACCAUCUUUUGCUCUGUUAGUAGCUGCAUUCAAAUCAUCAUCUCUUAAAUGUAUAGCUUAUCGAUCUUUUCAAAAAAAAUAUGUCAAUGGAUUAUGCACAUUAUGUGGUUAUUUAAAAAAACAUAACUUGUCUGACUAUAUACCAAACACGCAAUAUCAUGAACAAUCAACUUCUGAAUCAAUUUUGAAAGAUAGUAUAAUAGACAACACAUUAACUAUAUUAAAGACUGGUGAGAAAAAGAGUUUAAUAUAUGCGGUUAUAAGUAUACUAUCAUGGGGAUUAACUGUAAUAUUUACUCCUCAAAAAGCAUUGAUGGAUGAUCAAGUAGUUUAUAAUAGUCGAGGCCUCCAGUUUGUUAUAGAUGAAGCAUAUUACAUAGUUUUUUAUAAAGGAUUUCAGUAA